AUGUCCACGCCAUCAAAACGUCCGGCUUUGGGAAUUUCGGGGACCCAGAAACAAGCUCUUCGGGUUUGGGCACAAAGUCAAAAUCCCCGUCCAUCACAAUCCCAAUGUUCUGCUUGGUUCGAACAAACCUAUGGACGGGGCCUCUCCCAAUCAACUAUAUCAACAAUUCUCUCCAAAAAGAGCGAGCAUCUCGAUACUGGUCCAGCAUCCACCCUAAGACGUCAACUGGCACCACAAUGGCCCCUCUUGGAGACACCCCUUUAUGAAUGGCUUGCGAGCCAAGAAUCCAUACCCACGGCCGAUGUUAUUAUCACCAGAGCACGUGAAAUCUGGAAUCAAAUUCCGGAGUAUCAGACCCUACCACUUCCUCACUUUAGCAACGGGUGGUUGAACAGAUUUAAGAAACGAUAUGCCACUCAAAUUCAUGAUCGCCAGGAUGGCAUAUCUCCACCCCCACUCCAAACCAGUCGCAAGGAAGUGAAAGCAAUGAAAACGCUAUGUGGUGAAUUCCCAGAAGACGAUAUCUACAACAUGGACGAGACCGGCCUUUUCUGGCGAAAGCCUCCAUUUGGUGCCUCCCCGGCUCAGACCCAAUUGACAACUAACAGGGAAAACUCCCGUGUCUGCCUCAUGCUUUGUACAAAUAGUACUGGGUCAGAUCGGUUACCUCUGUGGAUCAUCGGACAUACGCAUACACCAGAGGCACUUCGUAUGGUGAAUCUCAAAGCCAUGGACUGCCAUUGGCGAUAUCAUCGGCAGGCCUGGCUAACGCAAUCGAUUAUGCAAGAAUGGCUGCUCUUCUUCUACGACCAUGUAGGGGAACGCAGAGUUUUGCUUCUGCUGGAUAAUCAUCCAGACCACCAAGCUGCCCUCGAGGCUACACCGCCGCCCCCGAAUGUGCAUGUUCAACUGUUUCCCACUCAACAUCGCACUUCCAAUGAGCAACAGCCGAUUAACCUGGGAAUUUCUCAGACUCUCAAACACUAUUAUCGCAGGCAAUGGCUUGCGUACAUUGUGGCAGGCAUGGAAUUGCCCCAAAGCCCGGUCCACACGAUGAGUCUUUAUCACGCUAUAUCCUGGAUCACCCGGGGCUGGCGUCACGACGUUGCAAACGCGAUUAUCUACAGAGCCUUCCGGAAGAGUAGUCUAAUGGACCCGCAGAUUGAGUUCAUCACUGCCCCAAAAUCACCCGAUCUGACAACUCUCUACGAGACUGUCACCCAAAACAAUCCUGAUGGUCGAUCGGUCACCAGCCUCGAAAACUUCACUCAUCCUGUAGACGAGGAUUUUGAGGGUGUAUUGAAUGUUGCCGGGUUUAUUGUUGACGGUGAACCUACUCUACAGCAAUUAGAUGACGCCUUUGUCUCCAUCCCGUUGGAGCAACUCAUCCCCCCUGCUUUGGAUGCAGUCGUUGGCACACAGACGGCCAUCCGAUACUUAGUACAUCAGUCUUGGGCCACUGCGAAGGACCUUCAGGCCCUCGAAAGAAUAGAAAGAAUGAUUAACCGUCUUGCUAUUGAGGAGCGACGGCAGGCACACAUCGGUGCUUUCGAUUGA